CGUUCGUAAGUAUUAGGGUUUUUCUUAAAAUUGUAUCUUACAUGAAUUUGUUACAGUUAUUUUGAGAGUUAACCUUGGUUUUAAACAGCAUCCUUUAGGAUAUUGAAAUUUAUCAGUAAAAUAGGAGUCAAAAAGACCUGGGUUCAGACCUUCACUCUUCACUGUGUGGACAUAGAUAAGUUCUUUUUGCCUCUGUGGUUAACCCAGCUUCCCUACCUAGAAAACAGACUGUGUGUGAAGUACCUUAUUCUAAGAGUAAAUAAUAAUACACAUCUGCAGAAGUACCUGGCAUGCUACUGGUUGCUCAGUAAAAUGUUCAAAUCAUGGUGGCUGCUCACUCUUCCUGUUCUUGUACGUUUGUAGAUUUCUCCAGUGUCUCUUUGCUUACAUAUGAUCACUGCAGUGGUUACCAUGAGGGUGCUCUGGGGACAGGACUGUCUGUGAUAGAAACUUGUCUCUGCCCUUAGCUGUGUGACUUGGGCAAACAUAUCUGUUCCUCAGGUUCCACAUCUUUAAGAUUGUAGAAUGGGAAUGAUUGAUUCUACAGGUCCAGAAAGCUCUGACCUGAACUCUCGUGGAGCUAUUUAUAUAAGCUUCACUGCAGAAAGAGUAGUGUUUAUUUACUAUAAUACCCACUGUGUGUAUUAAAUAAUGUGGUCAUACUCGUUGUAUGACUUUAAAAACAUAGUCUAGGGUUUUUGGACAUGAAGAAUUGUAUCUUGGGAAAUUAAGUGACAUAAUUUCUUACCACAGCAUCUGUCACAUAGUAAUGUGUUCAUGAGAUGCUAGGUAUUGUUUUUAAUUGACUUAAUUCUUUUUUUUUUCCUGUGAAUUUUGGAUCAUAUUUUAAAAUUUUUAUAGACUGUAGUAGCAUAAUAACCCACGUUGCCUAUAAUGUGCAUUUUAGGUUGGUCUGUAUUAUCUAUGCAGUUUGUAGAAGCGUUAAAACUUGUACCUAACAUUUCAGUUACUUAUAUAUUCAUUGAACUCUGAAAGACCCACUGAUAUGCUAAAUUGAGUUUUUUUCCCUUGUCCUUCAGAUCAUUGUUAUGUAUUUACAAGUCUUAGAAUGUGAACGUAAUCAAACCCUGGUUCAAACUGCCUGGAAUUAUAUGAAUGACAGUCUUCGAACCAAUGUAUUUGUUCGAUUUCAACCAGAGACUAUAGCAUGUGCUUGUAUCUACCUUGCAGCUAGAGCUCUUCAGAUUCCAUUACCAACUCGUCCCCAUUGGUUUCUUCUUUUUGGUACUACGGAAGAGGAGAUCCAGGAAAUCUGCAUAGAAACACUUAGGCUUUAUACCAGAAAAAAGCCAAACUAUGAAUUGCUGGAAAAAGAAGUAGAGAAAAGAAAAGUAGCCUUACAAGAAGCCAAAUUAAAAGCAAAGGGUUUGAAUCCCGAUGGAACUCCAGCCCUUUCAACCCUUGGUGGAUUUUCUCCAGCCUCUAAACCAUCAUCACCAAGAGAAGUGAAAGCUGAAGAGAAGUCACCAGUGUCUGUCAAUGUGAAGACAGUCAAGAAAGAACCUGAAGACCGACAACAGGCUUCCAAAAGCCCUUAUAAUGGAGUAAGAAAAGACAGCAAAAGAAGUAGAAAUAGCAGAAGUGCUAGUCGGUCAAGAUCAAGAACGCGAUCACGUUCUAGAUCACAUACUCCAAGAAGACAUUAUAACAAUAGGCGGAGCCGGUCUGGAACAUACAGCUCAAGAUCAAGAAGCAGGUCCCGCAGUCACAGUGAAAGCCCAAGAAGACAUCAUAAUCAUGGUUCUCCUCACCUUAAGGCCAAGCAUACCAGAGAUGAUUUAAAAAGUUCAAAUAGACAUGGUCAUAAAAGGAAAAAAUCUCGUUCUCGAUCUCAGAGCAAGUCUCGGGAUCACUCAGAUGCUGCCAAGAAACACAGGCAUGAAAGGGGACAUCAUAGGGACAGGCGUGAAAGAUCCCGCUCCUUUGAGAGGUCCCAUAAAGGCAAGCACCAUGGUGGCAGCCGCUCAGGACAUGGCAGGCACAGGCGCUGACUUUCUUCUUUGAGCCUGCAUCAGUUCCUGGCUUUGCCUAUCUAUGGUGUGAUGUAUGGACUCAUAAUCAAAAACAUUAAAAGCAAACUGAUUAGGAUAUGAUUUCUUAAAACCCUCUAGGUCUCUAGAAACACUGAAGACAUUUUGUUUUGGAAAAACUAUGGUUGUUUUUUUUUUUUUUUCCCUUGGGUUUUUUUUUUUGUUUUGUUUUCUUGGUUUUUUUUUUUUUUUUUUUUUCCUUUUUGGUUUUUGUUUUGGUUUUUGUUUUUGUUUUUUUUUGCACAUUAAAAUGCCCUAGCAGUAUCUAAUUGAAAACCAUGGUCAGGUUCAAUUGUACUUAUUAUAGUUGUGUAUUGUUUAUUGCUAUAAGAACUGGAGCGUGAAUUCUGUAAAAAUGUAUCUUAUUUUUAUACAGAUAAAAUUGCAGACACUGUUCUAUUUAAGUGGUUAUUUGUUUAAAUGAUGGUGAAUACUUUCUUAACACUGGUUUGUCUGCAUGUGUAAAGAUUUUUACAAGGAAAUAAAAUACAAAUCUUGUUUUUCUAAA